UCACUGUGAUUCCCUGCACCUGAUUACCCUUCUCAACCACUGUUGUCUUUAGCCAUACUUGGGGAGGAGAGAAACUGCCUGUUUUAGAGGGAGAAAAAGAGGCUCAUCAGAGAAUCUGCAGCCCCCCCAACAUUUUCUUCUUUCCUUCCUUUACUCUGCUCCUGCUCCACAGUCUCUGUGAAAGGCACAGGGAGGGAGAGGCAGAGGAGGAAGAGCUGCUGUUUGUCUCUGAGAUGCGGAGGGAAGAGGAGUGAAUUGCGAGGUGCGGAGCAGACCCAGUCAGUCUUCUGGUUCAUGCCGGUGUGACCAACUCAGCCUAGUCUCUGCGCACUCCUGCCACUGCCACAGCUUCUCUCUCACGCACACACUCUCACAUAUCAGGAGUCUGACACCAGCAUCACAAACAGGGAUACCUGUGUCCACUAAAAGGUUGUGUGUGGAAGAGCAUGUUGUGACAGCCAUGUCUCUGGAGAUGGAAAAGACCAUCACCAAGCUGAUGUAUGACUUCCAGAGGAACUCCACCUCCGAUGACGACUCCGGUUGUGCGCUAGAGGAGUACGCCUGGGUUCCCCCUGGCCUAAGUCCCGAGCAGGUGCAUCAAUAUUACAAUUCUUUACCAGAGGAGAAAGUUCCCUACAUAAACAGCCCAGGGGAGAAAUAUCGUAUCAAGCAGCUGCUUCACCAGUUGCCCCCACAUGACAAUGAGGUACGUUACUGUAAUGCGCUGGAUGAGGAAGAGAAACGGGAGCUUAAGAUCUUCAGCAACCAACGGAAAAAAGACAACUUAGGCAGAGGGAAUGUUCGUCCUUUCCCAGUCACUAUCACUGGAAUGGUCUGUGAGAAGUGUGGUGGUCAGAUAAAUGGAGGAGACAUUGUAGUUUUCGCUGCCAGGGCAGGGCACGGACAAUGCUGGCACCCUCGCUGCUUUGUCUGCUGUACAUGUGAGGAGCUACUGGUGGAUCUCAUCUACUUCAUCCAGGAUGGGAAGGUCUACUGUGGCCGGCACCACGCCGAGAGGCUGAAACCACGUUGCUGUGCCUGUGAUGAGUUAAUAUUUGCUGAUGAAUGCACCGAGGCUGAGGGGAGGCACUGGCACAUGAAGCACUUCUGCUGCUAUGAAUGCGAGACCACCCUCGGCGGCCAGCGCUACAUUAUGAAGGAUGGACGGCCACACUGCUGCAACUGCUUCGAGUCUCUUUAUGCGGAGUACUGUGAUGCCUGUGGAGAGCAUAUAGGAAUUGAUCAAGGUCAGAUGACAUAUGAUGGACAGCACUGGCACGCCACUGAGGAAUGUUUCUGCUGUGCCCGCUGUAAGCGCUCCCUGCUGGGCCGCCCCUUCCUCCCAAAGCAGGGGCAGAUCUUCUGCUCACGGUCCUGCAGUGCUGGACAGGAUCCCGAGGAGUCUGACUCCUCUGACUCUGCCUUCCAAAGUGCUCGUUCUCGAGAAUCUCGCCACAGCACCAAGAUAGGGAAGAAGGAGCGUAGGAAUGCCGAGCAGGAUCGUAGGAGCACAGAGUCUCGCCAGGCAGCUCCUCCACCCAUGCCAGACCGCCUGUCUGCUGAAAUAGAUCCCCUCUCUGUUCCAAUGGACCGACUAAGCCUUUCAUCCAGCCAGACUCCAAGCAGGACACCUAACCGCACACCAAGCCGUACUCCAAGUCGGGCCCCAAGCCUUAACCAAGUGUGGAUGAGCAGGGAUGAGCCAUAUAUCCCGGCUUCUUAUGAGGGCCCUCAGAGAGAUCCUUCUCCAACCCCUGCACCCAUACAUCUACUGGGUCAGUGUAAUGCCCGGCAAGGAUACAAUCCCAGCACAAAUGCUCAUCCACCUGCCCAGAGUCCUGCCAACCCAGGCAAGAGACCUGAUUCUUGGGGGAAGGAGCAAGGCAAUGCCAAAAGGACCCCUAUGGCUGCCCUCAGGGGCCACUCCUUUAAUGAAAACUGGAUUCACCACAGUCAGGAUGAGUUUAGACCCAACAAGCUCCGUACCCAGAUGAGCUUUAAUGAGAUGUCUAGCCAGAAUCAGGGCUUCUCUGACAAGAGGAGCAUCAGUCUUCAUGGAUUCCAGAGAGAUGGCAGACCCCCACUGACGAGGAGAAACCAUAUCACCGCCAUGAGCUUCAACGAGCCCCUUACUCCACUAGAGCAGACCCCUCGUGGAUCUAUGGACUCCAUCACUAUGUCCAAUACUGCAGGUAACUCUCUGGAUGGGGCCACUAAGCGCCAGGAGCAUCUAUCAAGGUUCUCCAUGCCUGACUUAAGCAAGGACUCAGGGGUGAACGUGUCUGAGAAGAGCAACAUGGGCACCCUCAGCUCCUCAGUCCAGUUCCACAGCACAGAGUCGCUGUCCUCCUCUCGCCCUUACAACAACAACAUGUACACUCCACUGAGGGUAGGGUAUCCACUACAGUAUUGGGAUGGCCCCCAAGAGCUUGGCUUUGGCAGUAAAGGUCGUGUUGGAUUAAUGGGCAGCAGCGGGAACCUGCGAAUGGCUCCCAUGAGUGACAGAAUGCCUCGCCGGCGCAUAAACGUCCAGGAGUCAGUUUCCCAACAACAGCAGCCACAAGCAAGACCCCACAAACACCAUCGUGGGACCAAUGGUGGCGGUCACCACCGCAGUGGUCGGCACCACAAACGCUCACGGCGCUCACGCUCUGACAAUGCCUUGCACCUAGUGGCGGACCGUCCCACUCAAAUGAUGGAGCUUCCCUACCGCCGUGUCCAAGAGGAUUAUGACCGCUUCCCUUCCGGUCAAGCUGCUCGAGAGUUGUACGGUCUAGAGUCGGGAGGCUACAGGCAACAGGCCCACCGGCCCUGCCCACGCACCACCUCUGAUCUUACUCUGCAGAAUGCCGGAUGGCAACCUGUGGGAUUGGGUGGGCCGUGCUGGAAUGAUGGCUACAUGGAGGCUCCGGACCCAUGGUGUUCCAGCUGCUCCUCUUCCUCUGAAUCUGAGGCUGAUGAGGGGUAUUACCUGAAUGAACCAAUUCCUCGGCCCGUGCAGCUGUGCUACAUCAACAAUGAGGAGCUACGCCACCGCUACAGCCCAUCUGGAAUAGGGGCCCAUCACGGACCUCUGCAUGGACCGAUUCAUGGUCAGCUACACAACCGCCAGAGGAGGAAGAGCAAAAACUGUAUAAUUUCCUAGAUAUAUAGCAAGGAGAUGACGAGGGAAGAAAAGGAGAGGGAAAAAGAUUAGAAAGGUAAGAAGAGAGAGGUGCUUGAGAGGAGGAGCAGAACGAGUGGGAAGGUGAGAGUAAGACAGUUGAGAGUGAGAGUGUGUGCAGGGUGUGUGCUUUUCUGUGUUUGGCAGGGUUUGAGGAAAAGAAGCCAAUCUUUUUAGGCUUGUGAGCUUACACAACUCUACACUGGGUUAUGGUUGUGUACACCUACACAGAAUGAUCUAAUCAUAAGAGGAAGCUAAGCUGGCUUACACAACAAGAAUGUUUACAGUGACUGAGACCAAGUCAAUGAUGGCACCAGGAAGCACUGAUUAAGGAUCGCUUAAUAUGCCGUGGUCAAGGUAAAUAACAUGGUGUAUGUAUGUGUCUGUCUGUGAGUGUAUUCAUGUUACAGAGAACUGGACAAUUCCUUUAGUCUGAAACGGAAAGUAAAGCUGCAGCAAUCUGCUAGUUAACUCCACAGUUCAGAGAACCAAGCCCUGAGCAUCAAACUGCAACCACACGGACCGUCAAGAAGUUGUGCUGGGAUAGUGAAAGCUAUGUGCUAGAUUCCAAGCUAUGUGAUUGUUUACCUCCGUGGAAUCCAAAUAAUGCUGGAAUAUAGUGUCGGCUUGCUAGCCCUGUUUUCACCUUGUACAAAAAUAAAAACCUGUUGAACCUUGUGCUCUACAUAGCCAGCUCUCCAUGCUUCACCAAGGACAGAGCGCCAGGCAGCCUCUGCUCCUUGCCCAUUCAGGCACAGUAACGUUAGGUAUGGUCCUGUUUUCUUUUCUGCAACAUGCUUUGUUUUACUAGAUGGUUAAGAAUAAUUACUUGAUAUUAUUAAUAAUAAUGAUGCUACCAAUAAUAAUACUAAUGCAAACAAUAAUUAUAAUAAUAUUACAGACAAUA